GUGUUUAAUCAGGAAGGAGAAUUCAUGUUGAAGUUUGGCUCAAAUGGAGAAGGAAAUGGGCAGUUUAAUGCCCCAACAGGUGUAGCAGUGGACUCAAAUGGAAACAUCAUUGUGGCAGACUGGGGAAACAGCAGGAUCCAGGUUUUUGAUGGGAGCGGAUCAUUUUUAUCCUACAUUAACACAUCUGCCGACCCACUCUAUGGACCCCAAGGCCUGGCCCUAACUUCAGAUGGUCAUGUUGUGGUUGCAGACUCUGGAAAUCACUGUUUCAAGGUCUAUCGAUACUUACAGUAAUGGUGGGCAGCUGGACACCCCCUUACAGAGGUCUUGCACUAUAAACUGGAAUGGAUUUCUCAAUGCAGGACCAGAUUAUGACUAGACUUUUCAUGCUAAAAGGAAUCAUUGGUGAACUUUCCAAGGUUAUUUCUGAAUGUAACAAUUUCCUUAAAAACUGCUUAUCCAAUUUCCGUAAUUCACCUUUAGUGUUAAAAAAAAAAUCUCUUCUAUUGAAUCUAUGUGAAGUAUGGCUUAUAGGACAGGAUUUAUGUAGUCAAACUAAUUUUGCAAAUCAAACCCUUAAAAAAAACUAGAAUAUGUAAAGAUAUUUGUUAAUCUUGUGAAUGGUAGCUUUUGCACAGAGCUUCCAAAAACAAAACAAAACACAACAAGAACAAAAUCUGUUGUAGUUACAUCCCUAACCUAGGUCACGAGACCCAGGGAAUCUUCUAACCUCACUUUUACGGUAGGUAUUACUCUUGUGACAUUUUUUUGGUUAUCAACAACUACAUAUAAAUUACUUUAGAAAAAAUAAGGCUGUCUUGCAAAAUCCUCCCAGCUGUGAUUAGCAGGCCUCUUGAGUUUAGCACUUAAGAAUUAAUGCAAAUUUCCCAACCUUUCUGGGAAAUUUGUGUGUUCUUUUCACCUUCUCUUUCCUCUUCACCUAGUAUCAGAAAACAAAGUACAUCUUCAAGGGAAUCCGAAAUUCCUAAUGCUUUGAAAAGCAUAUUACAAAAGUAAAAUGCUACUUUUAAAUGAACUGCCCAGUUAACUCCAGAUUAAUGCACUGGAAUGUAAUCAAGAAAAAGUUAGUCUUGUUUUAUGUGCCAUGUUUUCACAUGUGUCUCCCCUCUUCCACUUGAUGAAAGCGA